AACAAGAAGAAGAGAAAUGGAGGACAACUUUCAGCUCGGAGAGGCUGGGGCGAUAAAAAGUGUUGCAAAGUCUGGACGAAGAGCUCGCCUUGCAGCAGACCAAUCCUCAUUUGAAGAUUCUCGUUACGUGAGGAAGUCCUCCACAUCGGCUUCGAUGGCAGAAGAGGAUGACGAGGGCCCUCCUCCCAAACCGGCCCGACGGCAGGGCGGCUGGGCUGAAGAAAGCUCUGGGUCUGGUUCUGCCAAAUCUUCAAGAAGACCUGCAGCUGAAGACCUGGAAGACCGCCGCCUGCGACCACAAACUCCCCAGGGAUCAGAUGAUGAAGGAGAUAUUCCUGUGAUUCCAGACCUUGAAGAAGUACAAGAAGAAGAUCUCACCAUGCAAGUUGCUGCUCCACCAAGCAUCCAGGUGAAUCGGGUAAUGACCUACAGAGAUCUGGACAAUGAUCUGAAGUAUUACUCUGCGUUCCAGACCUUAGAUGGAGAGAUCGACUUGAAGCUCCUCACUAAGGUUUUAGCACCGGAGCAGGAGGUGAAAGAGGAUGAUGUGAGCUGGGACUGGGAUCAUUUGUUUACAGAGGUGUCCUCAGAGCUACUGAUGGAAUGGGAUCAAGGAGAGAGUGAGGAGCCGGCCGCGCUGCCUGUAACAUGAGGAGGAGGUUUGGACUGGGACUCUAAAUGGCUCUAGUGGGAGCUGGGUGAAUGUCCAUUACACAGAAGGGCCGCUGACUUUGCUUAUCGUAACUUUAAUUACUGUUUGUUAUCAAGAAUUUAUAUUUCUAGAGUGUAUAUACAGCGUUUCUUGUAUUUUAUAAAUAAACUUCACUGCAGAGUGCACAGUGCAGUGCUGUCUUACCCUGUCUUUGUUUAGCUUUUUGGAAUUUCACCCUUGUUUUUUUGUUAGUUUCCAACUUAAACAGCCAAAAGGCAAACUGAUUUUGUUUGAAAAGCUCUUCUGACACAGAUAAAAAUGCCCUCCUUGUACUGCCAGCAUUAUCAACACCCUCAUACAAGUCCAAGGUUGAUAAUCAGCUAAGCUGAAAUCCAGUUGAUUGUGUUCAAAUUAACAUUCCUCAUU